UUGUUGUUAUAUUGUAAGUAUUGUUUUGUUUAAAUUAAAACGACAUUUCUUUUGCGGUUUUUUUCUUCAAGAUUACAAAACAAGCUCGAAUUUUCCCGCAAUCUGAAGACAAAAAUGAUUGGACGGUGUGUUUGGUUUUUCAACUCUUGUACGGUUUCGUCACUUCUAGUAGCCUUCUGAUUGGUUCAGCUUUUUUUUGACGCCAAGGAUUUGAGAGAUAAAAUUGAACACAAAUAUUCAGCAAGUCAUUUCACUACAGAGUAUUGUUGGAAUUGAGAAAAGGUCACUGAUAAUAGGGUUUAUAAGUUGCCGUUUUUUUUACUUUUAACUUCAGUUAAAGAGACGCAUUUUUUCAGUUUUUUAAUAGCAAUUUAUACAUCAGUCCUGUUUAGUUUUUUUUUGUUUACAUCCUCUAAAAAAUGCUUUCUGCUCGCUCUCCUCUGUCUUCCAAGAACGAAAACGCAAUGGUUUCAAAUAUAACCAACAUUUCUUUGACUGAUAAGGAGAAUACACCUCCAAGCAUGAACACGACCAGAAUUUUAGCAUCGAAAACGGCAAGGAGAAUCUUUGAAGAAACUGAAGGAAAGUCAAAAAAUGACACAAUCCAGGAAGAGCCUCUCUUGAAAGAUAACCCUCGCAGAUUCGUCAUCUUUCCCAUCCAGUACCAUGACAUCUGGCAGAUGUACAAGAAAGCAAAGGCCUCUUUCUGGACAGCAGAAGAGGUUGACCUCUCCAAAGACAUCGGGCACUGGGAAUCGCUGAGAAAAGAAGAAAGAUACUUCAUCUCUCACGUACUCGCGUUCUUUGCUGCGAGUGAUGGCAUAGUUAAUGAGAAUUUGGUGGAACGCUUCAGCCAGGAAGUGCAAGUCACUGAAGCCCGUUGUUUCUAUGGUUUCCAGAUUGCCAUGGAGAACAUCCACUCUGAAAUGUACAGUCUGCUUAUUGAUACCUACAUCAAAGAUCCCACAGAGAGGGAGUACCUGUUUAAUGCCAUUGAAACCUUGCCAUGUGUAAGAAAGAAGGCUGACUGGGCUAUGAACUGGAUUGGAAACGAGGAAGCACAAUAUGGUGAACGUGUUGUGGCCUUUGCUGCGGUUGAAGGAAUCUUUUUCUCUGGAUCAUUUGCUUCGAUAUUCUGGUUGAAGAAACGAGGGUUGAUGCCUGGGCUGACGUUUUCUAAUGAACUCAUUAGCAGAGAUGAGGGUUUGCACUGUGACUUUGCGUGCCUUAUGUUCAAGCACCUAGUGAAUAAACCCUCGGAAGGAAAAGUAAAGGAAAUCAUCAAGGAUGCUGUCCGGAUAGAACAGGAGUUUCUAACAGAUUCGUUGCCAGUGAACUUGAUUGGAAUGAACUGCACUUUAAUGAAACAGUACAUUGAGUUUGUGGCUGAUCGGCUGAUGCUGGAGCUGGGUUUCAGCAAGAUCUUCAGAGCUGAGAAUCCUUUUGAUUUUAUGGAGAACAUCUCCUUGGAAGGAAAGACCAACUUCUUUGAGAAGCGGGUAGGAGAGUAUCAGAGAAUGGGAGUGAUGUCCAAACCAACAGAGAAAACAUUCACAUUGGAUGCAGACUUCUAAAUGGGCUUCAGAGUUUUGCAUCAACUUGGUUAUUUCAUGUGAUACUUGGAGACCUGGUAGUACAUGCCAUACUGUCCUGGAAUAAACUCUCCUGCAGUGCUAGCUUUUUACAUUUAAAUGUGGAGAAUAUGAAUACUUGCAUGGGCAUAAUACUUGCCACAAACAAAACCUGUUUGUCACUACAUAUUUUGUACAAUAAUAAUAAUUAAUUUUGUAGAUUUUAUUGUAUGUAUAUAGUUGUGUUUGCACUUGUAAAGAUUAAAUACAUUUUACUUGUUUUGGUACUAAAGCUCUGGCUACAGGUGUCCUGGGGGCGUGUUUUAUGUUUUGGAGCAAGAAUGGCAAAAGUAGGGGUGUUGGGGCAUGAUCAAAGCAGGUGUUUAAUAUUCUAUAUUAAAUCCAGCUGUACUUUUUAUUAAAUCUGGCAACCUAGUUAGUCUGCAUACAAAUAACUAGUGCUGGGACAAAUAUCCAAGUAUAUAUUUUUGACAUGUAUUCAGAUACAAAAAUCAAAUGUUUGUUCGCUAGAAAUGACAUACCUUGCACUUAGUUUUUAAAAAAAACGCUCAGAUAUUAAACGAAUCGGUAUAAAAACAGGACUACAGCAGCUCUUGUGUGUCUAUUUAAGAGUUUUAGACAGCAAAAAGUAAGCAAACCAGAUUAUGCGCAAGCAUAGUGAUCUCUAUGGGUGAAGCGUGUUGUGCUGGUUUUAGAUGAGUGUAAAGAAAAACACCCAGUCCCACUGGUGUUUCAAAACUUACAGUACUGUAAAACAAAAUAACACACAUACUUUUCUCAAAGCAUGCUUUUUAUUACUAGGUCAGAUGUUUAUAUACAAUAGUGUCUUAGAAGUGCUCUAAGGAAUGAAAAAAUGAAACUUUUUAUCGAGAGAGAAUCAUUACUUCAAAUACAUCUUAUAAAAUAUGUUCAGCUGAUGAGAAAUAUUUCUGGAAUAGAACUUGAUACUGUAGUACUGAUCACUAUUAGAACAUAAUAUUAUAUUGCAUUUUAUUCAAGCCAAACGUCUCCUUCAAAACAAUGUUCCAGUGCACUUAUAUAAACAUAGGAAAUGUUACGCAAUUUUAUUCAGACCAUCAUGCGAGCGUUGAUGUUAAUUUUGCAAAGAAAAUAAAUUAGACAAAAGACUUUUACAACUAUAUAUUAGAGCAGAUAGUUUACCUGCUGAACUGCGUAUGUACGCCUUGAACUAUAUAUGGGGGGAAAAAAACUAUGUAGCCUAUGUAUGUAAUGUAUGUUUUUGUGCUGAACCUGCAACAGUCAGAAGUCUGUUUCCAGCAUGAAAGCUAAUUGUUUUACACAUACACAAAAAUGGUUUACCGCAAAAUCCAAGCAAUAUGUAAAGAGUGUUAACAUUUUUUAACAUGGAGUCGUUUUAAUGACACGUCUGCAAAAUAUAUAUUUGCAUCUUGGUGAACUAACAAACGGCAUUUUGAUCAGCUUUUAGAGUAUUCCUAUCGUUAUCUUUACACAGUAUUUUUUUUUUUAAAUAGUAUUGUACAAAAUUGUACUAUUUCAACUUCAUACUGUUACACACACUAACAUAUUAAUACUAAUUGGGUUCAUGAUUUACAUUUUGAAGGAGAGAUGGAAUUUACAGAAUCUCAAUAUGUAAAACAAAAGAACUACAGUAAAAGUAAAACUAUUUUCACUGUAACUUACAUGCUGUCGCGUCACUUCAACACAGGUGACGAUCUGCUUAAAUAAAUGCUUAAAUAAAUUG